AUGUAUUCAUUUACUUAUAUAUACGUGGUAUCUACUACCUGCGAAUUCGUAGGUGUUACUGUUGCUGGGACUGAUACUUCAUCAAUGACCAUGGAAUCGGCAAUGUCCCUACUGCUAAGUCAUCCACAUGCCAUGGAGCGGGUUCAAGUUGAGAUAGACACCAAUAUUGGACAAGGCCGACUAUUGGAGGAACAAGACUUGCCAAAUCUCAAGUAUUUGCAAAAUGUAAUCAACGAGACACUCCGUUUGUAUCCCCCGGUUCCACUUCUAGUCCCUCAUGAAGCACCUGAUGAUUGUGUUGUUAGCGGCUUUGAUGUGCCACGUGGAACAAUGUUAGUGGUUAACGCGUGGGCAAUUCACAGAGACCCCAAUUUAUGGGAGAAUCCCACCAAGUUCAUGCCGGAAAGGUUCGAAAAUUGGAAUGGUGAUCAAGGAGUUGGGCUAAUUCCAUUCGGUGGUGGAAGGAGAGGAUGUCCAGGGGCUGGUCUAGCCAACCAGCUGAUUACAUUGGCACUGGCUUCGUUGAUUCAGUCAUUUGAGUGGGAAACACCAAGUCAAAAGGAAGUCGACAUGAGUGAAGGCUUGGGCCUCACCAUGCCACGUGUCAAGCCUUUGGAGGCUUUGUGCACUCCACGUAGGAAAUUACUAGGUGCAUUUACUAUUUAA